AGUUUUCAUACCAUAACAUAGUUGUCAUCACCUCUGCUAGUCAACAAAAUCUCCCCUGUUUUCAUACCACAGCAUGGUUUUCAUCAAUCUCUUCUAAUUUCCCAAAUAAAAACUCCAUCUUUCUCUCUAGAACAUAACAUGGAGAUUGACUGACUCCUAAGCAAGAGAGGUGGCGGUGGCGAUGACAACCAUGGAUAUGGAUGGUCGGAUAUGGAGCAAGCUUCCCGAUCAUCUCCUCGAACACGUCCUCUCCCUCCUCCCUCUCAAAACCUUCCUCGCCCUCCGAUCAACCUGCAAACACUUCAACUCCCUCCCCUUCACCCCUUACUUCAUCUCCCGCCACUCCCUCCCCCACUCACCGCCGCCCUUCUCCUCCCUCCUCCUCCUCUCCCACCCCCACUUCCACCACUCCUCCCCCAUCUUCAACACCACCCUCAACACCUGGUGCUCCCUCCCCCUCUCCUUCCCCCCCAUGCCCCCCUACUCCCUCCUCCUCUCCUCCUCCCACGGACUCCUCUGCUUCUCCCUCCCCUCUGCCUCCUCCUUCCUCGUCUGCAACCUCCUCACCCGCUCCCUCCGCCGCAUCAAGUUCCCCACCUUCCCCUUCUCCUUCGACCUCCCCACCCUAGUACCUUCCUCCCCCUCCUCCGCCACCGACGGAUACAAGCUCUUCAUGCUCUCCACCACCGGAUCAUUCCACCACGCCCUCGUCUACUCCUCCUCCUCCAGCUCAUGGGCGCGUUUCCCUGGCCCCGAGCCAGCCUCGAUCAUCAACGAGAACCACCACCAGAAGGGCGUCCUCUACAGCGGGGGGAUUCUCUUCACGACCCCCGAGCCUUUCCACAUUGUGAGCUUCCGGCUGGAGAGCGGCGAGUGGGAGAGGCCGCUUAUUGAUCUUCCCGAUGGGCUUGCGUUCGCGCGGCUGGCUGGGGACGGGGACCGGAAGCUGUACCUGGUUGGUGGGGUCGGGGCGAGCGGGAUCUCGAGGAGCAUUAAGCUGUGGGAGCUGGGGGAGGGGUGGGUGGAGGUGGAAACAAUGCCAGAAAUGGUGUGCAGGAAAUUUCUAUCUGUUUGCUACCAUAAUUAUGAGCAUGUCUACUGUUUCUGGCAUCAAGGUUUACUCUGUGUGUGCUGCUACACAUGGCCUGAGAUAUUAUACUACAAAGUUUCUAGAAGAACCUGGCAUUGGCUGCCUAAGUGCCCUUCUUUGCCUGACAAAUGGAGCUGUGGAUUCAGGUGGUUCUCCUUCACACCUCAGCUCUAUGCCUCUGUAUAAAAACUCUUCAAUUUUGUUUCUAUGUUAUAGAUUCGAGUAUAUGGAUAUUUGGUAUGAGAUAUAUACAUGUAUUAUAUCAGUAACUCAA